GCCAUGGCAGCUUGACGUUCAUGACUUUCAUCUGUGAGACAAUAUAUGCAGUUUACAACGCUGACUUCGCGUGUUCUUCCUUCCCCUCUAUUCCCCUCAGCAUACUACUGAUCCGUGCUCACGUUCGAAUAUUUAGAAAGCAUCCCCCUCUGUUUCUUUAUCAGGGCGCACAAAACAUGGGUAUCAAAAAAAUAUUCAAAAAAAAAGACCCAAGUGAAAGUGAAUUGGUGGAUGAUCUACAAAAGUUGGGAAUAUCAACAAAAACUACCAAUGGACGUCAAGAGAAGUUUGGCGCCUUCAAGCAGUAUGCACACGAAAGACAAAGCCAGCGCACAGGCUUAGCACCAGUUAAUCCUUAUGCUGACAUUGACAGCAGUUCGAAUAAUCCAUAUGCCUCGCAAGCAUCAGGCAAAAACCUAACUGAUGACCUUUACCAGCAAAGAGAAGGACAUGAUAUACCAUCUUUGUAUCCGGGAUCAAAUCUGAGGGAAGUUCAAUCACAAUCUGUAGGGAAUUCCAAGAGAGUCGACCCUUAUUCUUCACCAUUACACCAUCUCUCAACUGAAAAUGUGCGAUACGAGCGAUCCCAAAAUCAUCCUCAGAAAUCUAAUCCAUAUGAAUUCAAUGCGAGGAACUCAUCUUCAAGAACAACCAUCGAAAGCGAAGGUGACAUGCAACUUUCGUCAGCUUCUGAUAAGUACCAGGCCCGCUCGAAAGGUCGAGGUAUUUACGUGGCACCACGUGAUGAUGAACUGACACUCGAUUUGAAUGACAUACCUUCCAUCCGCCCACCAAUCCAAUCGAGACGACCAGUUCGUCGAACUGCUAAUUAUGAUAAUGCCUCUUUAGAUUUAAAUGACUUGCCCGACGAAGAUUUGAAUAUUGAACUGCAUGAGUUUUUGUCUGAUCAAGAGCAGGUCAAUUCUGAAGAUGAAGAAGUUGAGGCCAUCAAGCAAGACAUUCGUUUCACCAAACAAGAGUCUGUGGCACUGACUAGAAAUACAUUAAGAAUGGCUCAGGAAGCUGAGGCAUCAGGAACAAACACUCUUGGGAUGUUGGGGUCUCAGUCAGAAAGGCUUUACAAUGCAGAGCAAAAUGUUUUGUUGGCAGAUACCCAGACAAAGAUUGCGGAUGAAAAGGUCAAAGAGUUGAGUAGAUUGAAUCGAUCGAUUUUCAUACCAGCAACAGGGAAUCCAUUCAACAAAAAAUCCAGAUUGCGCCAGCAGGAACUGAAGUUGAAAUCUGAUAAAAUGCAAGAAAAGUACCUCCGCGACACGAAUCGCCAGGGGAUGUACGCUAGUGAGCAGCGUCUUACGCAAGGUAUUACGAGCAAAACCCCAAACUCCGAACUUUUCAAUAAAUAUCAAGGCGAGAAACAGAUACAACAAGCGCAGAGAUACCAAUUUGAGAAUGACUCCGAGGAUGAUGAAAUGGAGAAAGAACUUGCUUCAAACUUAGAUCAGAUUUCCAAUUAUUCGAAAAAGUUAAGAAGUACAGCGAAGAUCAUGGGUCAAGAAGUUGAUGCACAAAAUGGUCGCUUGAGGAGGAUUGAGGAGGAUGCAGAUAGGUUGGAUAUCAAUGUCCAUCUCAAUAGCUCGCGCUUAAACAAUAUUCGGUAAUAAAUAGCUCCCAUUACUGGCAGCUCUGGGAUAUAUAAUAUCAUCUGUGCAGACCCUUUGAUCGCCUUCGCAGCGUAUCUCGAUUUGGUUGCCCGUGGUAAGAUGACUCGCCAUGAUGGCAGAAGAACUUUAUGUCAGUAAAAUAAGAGAUCUAGUGAACCAUACGCAAGAAUGUUUAUUCCGAGUGUAUAGCUAAAUAUGUCCACUGCGAUGUUGGACUGUCCGAAAUAAAGAUUGUCGAUGUCAAGGUAUUUUUUUAGCAAUUUGCCUUAGCAAAUUAUCAAGCUCCAC